GCAGGUCUUCCGGUAGCACGGCUACAGACCCCGUAUUUUUUCCCUUCUUUGAUUAAUCGUUCCUCAUCCGAUCGGCUGUGUCUUGGUUCGACUGUGACACCUGCACGCCGGUUACGCCUCGGUCCGACUCUGCAAAGCAAACGGGUGGAACUUGCUCCCAGUACCUGCCCCAACUGCGGAUCUCGGACGACUCCUUACUCUCAAGACGCGAUUGAAACCGUUCCGGACGUUACGAAGCUUUUUCCCGUUUUGGCCGACUGGACACGCCUUCUUCGACCGCGGAUUCAAAUCGACUUGGGUUCUGGGGGAUGCGCACACGCGCUCACACAAUCUGCGUUGGCCCUGUGUUCCGGGAAUGGCGCGCCCCGGCUCACUGGGCUCUCGUGGGGCGGGUGUUCGCCGUUGCGCAACAUAAACGGGUCUAGCGAGCCCUGACUGGCUGGGGAGAUGAGCACCCCGGCGGUCCGUGUCUACAUGCAUCUGCACGCGCUCAAUGUGGGUUCAGGGGCAGUCGGUGGCGCGGGCUUUGUCACCCCGCGUCAGCGGCUGUCUGCUCCGGCUACAAACAAUGCGAAUCGAGCGUGCACGCAUUACUUGGGUUCUGGGGGAGCUGUCGGGGCGGGCCUGCCACCCUGCACCGACAACUAAUCGAUUUGCG